AUGGAUGUUUCUUCCACUUCCGAUGAUGAAAUAACCCUCUUGCGCACUUGGGCCCUGACUGUCACUCAUGUGGCAUGUGAUUAUACGGAACAGAAAUUCAAUGCAGAGAAGACAGGAGGAGACCCAGUUAUACCUUCUCCAAACCUAGACACUGAUCUGGUGAUGGCUUGUGAUCAAUUGGUUGAUCGGCUCAUAAAGGCAUAUAAAAAUCCCAUUCAGAUGCCAAUUGAUAUUGCAAGAUAUAGCAAAUUGAUCUCCCCAAAGGACACGGGGCGUAAUGAAGAGAGAGAGGAAAAGUUGCUUGAGAGGUGUCCUCCUGGCCAUGAGGGCACAAAGUUGAUCGACAUACCCGCGACAAUUCUUGAUGCAUCCGGUGCCAUCAUCGCAUGGUACCUCCCAGACGCCUUGACCGAUGCCACCCAGAAUGAAAUUUGGGCGGCCUCGGAUUUGCUAGCUCCCAUGCUCGAACAAAGCAUAAAGCUCAAUGGGAUUUGGCGGACUAAUCAACAGUGGUUCACACCAAGCUCGGAAAAUGAUGUCCUAACUCCCGGAUGCGUUAAUUUAUCUCCAGCAUGGUUUCAGCAGGGGCACGAGAAUCAGUCCGAUCCGGAGGUAUCUGCAUCAUUGAAGGGACCAUCCUCCGAGAACAUCCUCAAAGCCAUUGCGAGGCCAGCAGCCAUUGCCACAGCGGCACUCAGGGUGAUGCAUCCUGAGCAGUACUGGGCAGGGUUGCAAGCCUUUGCGAGCCUCGGAGAAAAGGCAUGA